AUGCACUGUUACUUCAUCCUGGCCGGUAAUGCGACGAUACCCAUCCUAUUUCACGUCGAGCGCGUGCGCGACGGUCGGAGCUUCAUCACCAGAACAGUACAAGCAAGACAACGAGGCAAAUGCAUAUUUACGACAACAAUCAGCUUUAUGGCUGAGGGUAGUGGUGGGAACGAAGUGAUCCAACACGGUGCAGACAUGCCAGCGGACGCCGUCCCGCGGCUCGAAAAGAUGCUAGCAGACGACAAAGCAGGAAGAGGCGUAUCUGAUCUCGCGGAGGACAGAGAGAAAGAAGCAGAUGGAGAGCAGAGCAGAGGCCCGUUCGUCUCAAAGCGAUUGGGCAUUGCAAACAACGCAGACAGCUCCCCCUCUCCGCACGAAAGACACGUACAAUCUUGGCUCAAAUGCCGCGGCACCAUCCGCGGCGGCAUAUACGCCCACCUCUCCGCCCUCGCCUACAUGACCGACAACACCUUCAUCGGCGUCGUCUCCAAGGUCCACGGUCUCGAGCGCUUCGGGAAACUUACCGAAUCAGAGCAUGCGUACCUCCGGCAGCUGGCGGAGGAGGAGCUGAUGGAGCAUGAUUCGAAUGGGGGAACUGAAAGGGCAACAGGAAGAAAGGGGAGCGUGAAUACGCCGCCGGAACAGCCACGAAGGAAUGUGGGCAUGAUGGUCAGCCUGGAUCAUACGAUUUAUUUUCAUCGGCCGCGGGAGAUCAGAGCGGAUGAGUGGUUGUUUUCGGAGAUGGAGAGUCCGUGGGCGGGACAAGGGAGAGGGUGUGUUACGCAGAGGCUGUGGAAUCGGGAUGGCCGGCUCGUUGCUUCGUGUGUACAGGAGGGUCUGGUCAGGCUGCAACAGCAGAGGACUGGUGGGAGAAUAAGCAAGCUUUAA